GUCAAAAUAAUGAUUGUAAACACACCCAUGUACCGCAUAACCUAACUAUCGUAUUUACACCCUACAGCUACAACAACAAAUGAUUAUAAUAAAUAAAUUUACUCUGAAGUAUAUAAAAUUAAGCUAAACAAUUAUUUAAUUUAAAUAAUGGAACUACCAGAUACGCUGAAAAAUAAUUUACGCAUAAUAAAAACAUCAUUAAGUGAUGAACUAUUUGAUAAAUUGUUAUCGGAUUGCAAUAACAUGUUAAUGAAUGUCAUUAUUGACAAUCCAAAAGAUAAAAUGAAAUUGUCCUGGAGCAGUGAUACAAAACCAGAACUAUGUAAAGCUAUUUACUCCGAUUACAUUAGUAUUAUCAAAGAAGCUGCGAGAAAUAACUACGAUCCCGAAAAUUUGUCAGAUUAUUUGCAAACAACUGGAAUAUUCAAUGACACACAGAUACAAAAAUUAUGCCAGGUUUAUUAUAAACAAAUAAAAACUCCUAUGGUACUUCAUUUGAGUAGUAUUGGAGACAGUCAUCCGUGUAUUGUUGAUAUUAGUUGGCGAUUAGACUAUUGUUUGAAGACAAGCAACAAUAAUUAUAUGAAUAAUUGCAUUUAUCACAUUAAAUUAACGACCAAAAAAGGCGGCACGAUAAGUGAUGUUGACUUUACGUGUACAAUUGAAGGAUUACAUGAGUUAGUUUACAAAAUAAAAGACAUUGUAAGGCACAUGGAGAAAUUAGUGCAACGUAAUUGUGGAGAUAAGGCCUUAAAAUAAUGUCACACAGAGUGAACAAUGAUUUGAUAAUUAUCUUGUAAUUUUUACUGUAUAUUUUGUAAUUAGUUAUAUACUAUAAUAUAAGUAAUUUUGAUUGA